AUGAUUGAUUCUGACAUCCUGGGGGCCACUGUGAAGCGCGCUUCCUCACGGGCGCUCACGAGAAAUGUUGGACUUUUGAAGAGAAUGCAGGAUAAAGUUACCGAAAUUAACCCUGAGCAGAAAUUGACAUUUUUGCAUUGUAUUAUACAUCAGGAAGUGUUGUGUAGGUCAGUAUUAAAAAUGAACCAUGUUGUUGAUGUUGUAACUAAAACCGUUAACUUCAUCAGAGCAAGAGCACUGAAUCACAGACAGUUUGUGGCACUAUUGGAGGAAAAUGAGUCUGAACAUCGUGACAUCAGCUACCACACAAAUGUCAGGUGGCUGAGCCUGGGAAAAGUCUUGAAAGUUUUCUGGGAUCUGAGAGAGGAGAUUUGGCAGUUCUGUGAGAACAAGGGAAAUGACAUCCCUCAGCUUUCAGAUGCAGACUGGCUGGCAGACCUUAGUUUUGCUGUAGACGUGACUUCUUUGAUGAAUGACCUGAAUGUCAAACUGCAAUGCAAGGGCCUUUUUGUGCAUGAAAUGUACAACGCAGUGAAGGCUUUCAUGAGAAAGUUGCAGCUUCUCUCAAGCCAAAUGGGGAACAAUAUUCUUACUCACAUGUAUUAA